ACAUCAUCUCUACCUUUUAUGUAUUUUCACAUUUUUGCUUAGUUUGGUAAAGAGAACAUAUUACAAUUCCCCAAAAAACCGAAACCUGAUUCACAAGAAAACGCCUCACAAAAAGAAGAGAAUCCACUGUAGCUUCAUGAAUGAACUCUCCGACCCACCUUCCUUCACAUUUCUCUCUUUCUCUCUUUACUAUAAAACAGCUCUCUCAUUUCUCUACCAUGUCGUAUUCGUUCAAGCAAGCAUCACAAACAUCCAACAGAGAAAAGAAGAAGAAGAAGAAAAUGUCGGAUUGGGGACCGGUGCUAGUGACGGUGAUACUCUUCGUGAUGCUCACGCCAGGACUUCUGUUUCAGUUGCCUGGACGACAAAGAUACGUUGAGUUUGGUAAUUUUCAGACAAGUGCUGUCUCCGUUAUCGUGCAUUCCCUUCUCUACUUCUCCCUUGUCUGCGUCUUCCUCCUCGCUCUCAAAAUUCACAUCUACAUCGCCUAAUUAAUUGUUGUAACCCCUUUAUUAUAUGUUUUGUUUUCAAAAUUUUUACCGAAAAGUUGUAACCCACCCUUUAAUUUAUUGUGUGUUUCCAUUUGAAUUUUC